UAUUUAACAAAAUGGGAAAAAAAGAUAAGUAAUAGUUUAUAUCACUCUAUAGAAUAAUGAGUCUGUUUUAAAAUAUUACAUAUUAUUUAUAAACUAAUUCAUGUAUGAUAUAAAAUUUACAACAUAUUACAUCUUGAGGAAAUAUUAUGCUUUAAUAUUAUUAUUGAUCAAUGAACAAAUUGAUUUGGAUUUGGUUAGUCUGUCUAGUUUUUAUUCCAGAACAUGUAAUACCAUCAUCGGAGAAACGUUUAAUUAAACAACUAAUUGAUAAUUAUGAAAAAGCUGGUAAAAUUGGACGCCCAGUAAAAAAUACUAAAGAUCGUGUAGUUGUUGGUUAUGGAUUGUCAUUAUUUCAAUUAUUAGAUUUAGACGAGAAAAAUCAAAUAUUGACAAUAAAUGUUUGGGCAAAAUAUACAUGGAUUGACCAAUUACUUCGUUGGGAUCCAGCUAAUUAUUCAAAUAUACGUGAAGUACGAAUUCCACCAAGUGUAAUAUGGACACCAGACAUUGUACUUUAUAAUUAUGCUGAUGAACGUUUAAAAGAGAAACGUGAUGUUAUGUUGAAUGUUGAUUAUAUGGGUCGAGUAUUUUGGAGUCCACCAGCUAUAUUUAAAUCAAACUGUCCAAUUGAUAUAAAGAAUUUUCCAUUUGAUUAUCAACAUUGUUUCUUAAAAUUUGCAUCAUGGACAUAUAACAGUGAACAAUUAGAUUUACAAUUUUUAGACAAUCGUACUGAAGUUGAUAUAGAUCAGUAUACAUCAAGUAAUGAAUGGUCACUUGUGGCUAGACCAGCAUAUCGAUUUGUUAUGUUAUCUGAUGAAUGCGGUAAAGAAAUACCAGAUUUAACAUUUUUCUUAUUCUUAAAACGUAAUCCUGCUUUCUAUGGAUAUUUAUUAGUGUUUCCAUGUGUAUUACUAAGUGUGAUUACAACAGUGAUAUUUUGGUUGCCUCCACAAAUACCAGCUAAAAUGAUACUUAGUAUGAAUAUAUUUGUGGCAUUUUCGUUGUUAUUAAAAAUACUUGCUGUUUCUACACCAUCAGCUUCAACAAUUGUACCAUAUUUGGGUUACUUUUAUUGUUUAAAUAUGACAUUACUUAGUUUGUCAACAUUUGCUUCGACAAUUGUUGUACACUUACACUUUCAACGAGUAAAAUCGAAACACGUACCACCAUGGCUUAUACAGGUGGUUAGAUUUUUUGCUACAUUGUUACAUGUUUCGAAAUUGGAACCACCUGUAGUGGCAGAUACCAAUCAAAAACUGAGUGUUGUUGAAGCACAAAUUAAAAAUGCCAAGAUGAAACAAAGUAUAAAAUCGGAAAAUCUACUUGAUACGUGGUCAUCGAAUCAACAAUUACCACCAUCUAAUCCGCAGUCAAAUUUGAUCCAUUCUGCUGGUGUAGAAACACAAUGGGAUUACAAUAAGACUUCAUCUACUGAAGAGUAUCUUUUAAAUCCUAACGAAUUAUCUGUUCUACAAAAGCAACAACUUUCAAUGCUAUCAGAUGGUUCACGAAUAUCUUAUUCCACUGGUGUGAAUGGCUGCCAAUUUUCAAGUCAUCACUAUCCGAACCAAAACUAUUUACAACAAAAAAGUAUUCCAUGGGGCGAUUAUGCUAUGAAUCAGCCAAAUGAGUCUGGAACAGUUAAGAUACAUGAUAAGUUGCUUAAAAAAUUCCUACAAUCUAAACAACAAUCAAGAAGAUCUACAAUUCAACUUGAGUUCAAUUUGGGUGACUUAUGUAAUGCAUUAAAACAAUUGAUGCUGAAAAUAGCUAAAAAAGAUGAAAUAGCUCAGCGUGAUCGCGAAUGGCGGUUAGUUCUAAUGACGAUUGAUCGUUUGUUUUGUUGGUUCUACUCCAUUGUAGUCAUUGUUGCAGGAGUGUACUUAUUGUUCCCUAGAGGGCGUUCGCAUACAGUCAACGAAAUUAUAGCAAUGCAUCAAGAAGCCUACGAUAUACGAAAUCAAGCUGUUGCAAAGCAGUGUAUGAUGGGAUACUCCAAAACAAUAUAACACUUUGGGUGGAACCUUCCCACUUAACCUUCUCAUUGAGACCAUCUGAUUUUUUUCACCUCGUUACGUCUCGUUAUUUUUAGUUCGUAAUCGUUUACCUUAAUAUCAAUCGUUCAGUAUUUAAUGGCCUAAUUUUAAGGUUAAACAGUGUUCGCGUUACGGGUUCAUUUUAUCCUUCAUGUUCUAUCAUAUUGAUUACUUGAAGUAGAAAUUUUGUUUUAAAUCUACUAUACUCAAAUAUUUCUUCUUUUUAAACGAAGUUAUGCAUUUCUGAUUUUCCAUCUUCACUCAGUCAUUAACUUAGUAAAUAUUUAUUAAUUCAGUUUUUUUAUUUUGAAAAAGGCCUAAAAGUAUUGAAUUCCUUCAAAGACUAGUUUGGACAACAAAACAUCCAAUCACUGCAGAAAUGAGUAUUUUUAUGGGUUGGAUUUUAAAGGAUUACUAACUACAUUUAUCUGAGUUAUAUCCUUAUGCUAUAAACCUGUACUUAUUACAAAAUAACUAAGUAUGAUCUGAUGCUCCAUAUCGUAGAAAAUUACCGAGCACGUUAGGUGGUUAAAAAUUUAUUAUUAAGCUGAAUGCUGCAGUAUAUAUGCUAAAAUAAAAGAAUUACAUCAAAUAAUUCAUGGUCAUUCCCAACGCACACAUGUACUGUCAUUUCUUUUAAAUUAUUAGUCAUUAUAAGGUGUUAGUACUUUUCUCAAUAGUCGACAAUAUAACUUCCUAAGCUGUUUAGUUUUCUCCCUAAGUUUAACCGAAGAGGUUGUGAGGUCGGUAAAUAUUUUAUUAUAUCUGAAUUUAGCAACUGUCGUAACGAAACUGCAGAACUUACAAGUUUAGAAAAGUAGUAGGAUGAUUCAAAAAUCCAGUCAAACUAAAAGAUAGCUUUCUAAGUAAGUGAACAAGUUUUGUGUAUGAUACAUUCAAUAAAUGAUUUCAUAUUGAAUAUUUGCCACAAACAAAAUGUAAGCAAAGAAUAUUGGUGAUUAACGAUUUCCAAUCUUGAAAGAAAACAUGUCAAUGAUUGUCUAACAUAGAUAAAACUGGUGACCUUAAGGGGUUGAACGUAGUCAAUCCCGUUGGCUCAGCACCCAGAAUAUUGUCACGGCUGAUCAUCGCCUUUGUGCAGGGCUUAACUGCAAGUAGUGACAGGUUUCCUUACAUUAGUAAAUAUAAAAAUCUCAAUCAUGUUUGUCAUCUUUGACUUGAUAGCCAGAGAAGAAUUGAUUAUAUAAGCACUCGACUGAGAACAUUCCUAAAUGUAUGUUUGAAAAAUUGAAUUAACGGACAUGUAUAAUAGUAGUAAAUAAUCACACGAUUGAGCACAAAUUAAACAUGAGUACUGAAUUAAUGCAUUCGACAGUAACAUGAUCUGUCAGAGUGAGUUCUCCAAAUGUGUUUACAGGUGUGUGGGUUUAACAGAUUUGUAUAAAACCCCAUCGUAAUCCGAUGGAACAAUUAUUUAGUUUCAAUUGAUCAUUUUGGUCACUACCAAUGUUUCCAUGACAAUCUUCAUUCGUUUCGUUAUUUGGAUUGAGUAACUGUAGUAUUUGUAAGAACUAAUGAGUCCUUUGUACUUGAUUACCCGCUUAUUAGGAUUUCCAAAUACAAUACGUUCGUUUGUGCUCAUCUUGUUCUGUCUGGCUUAAAUUGCAAUGUUUCGGGAAUUCCUAGUUAGUACACUGAUUCAAAUACUUCUAAUCAUCACAGCAACUUCUACUGUUCUUGAAAACCCGUCAAUAACCCAAUAAUUACAAGUAAGUGUUAGCUGUUAAGCUCUAGAAAAGGCUUAUUUGCGUUCCUGAAAAAUUUGACACAACCUUUUUUUCCUUGGCCGAAAAUAGCUUCUAGUAUCCAAUAUCUUGGUGACGAACUUGUAUAAGCCAGUCUAUUACUUUGCGUUUGCUUCUUGUUGUUUCAAUGCAGUUCCAAAUGAUUUUACUAACUGUUCACAGCCUGUAUUUGUUUACCGUUCUUUUCACCCUAUCGUUUAUUUUCUUCACUAUUUAAAUAUUUUUGCAUUUCAUAUUAUGGAAAUUUAAUGAUAUUCAUUGAUUAGUAAUUUGUUGUCUAUUUAUCAUAAUUUGACCUACUCUCCAUGUUGAAGUAUUGAUUAGAACCUUUAUUUCCUCAAUUUCCUUAUCACUACUAGCACAUCUGCUUUCUUACUAUCAAUUUGUACUUUUUACCAUUAUGUUUAGUAGUAUAAUCUACUUCUUUGGGAUCAGUGACACAUUAACUACCCUGUCUCAUUUAAUAUUUUUACAUAACGAUACUAAAAUUCCUGGAUAUCAGAGUGAAGUUUUAUGACAAUCUAAUUGUAAACGGAACUAUUCACCCUUAUGUGUUAUUAUAUUUUAUAUUCAAAAGACUUUAUUUGUGACGAAAUGUAACUAUCACAUAGAAAA